CAUCAUCCAUCAUACCAUCAUCCAUCAUACAUACCUCCUCAGUGCUGGUGUUAUAUCCAAUCUCUAUUCUCCAUCAGGAGAAGGAUAGCAACGCACCAUCUCUUUCAGAUACCUCAACAGACCCACAAACCGCAUCAUACCAACCAAACUACCAACCGACGCACUAGACUCUAGAGAUAAGCUAAGCGACAGACAGACAAGAUGUCCCCUCGCAAGGUCCCACCAGAUGAGUUCUGGGUCUGUUGUCGGAUUGUGGGUGUCACGGCUGGGAAACGUGUGUUUAGUAUCUCGGUAUGUAUUUCUAUUACUAUCUUCUACUCUCUUCCUUCCUUGUCUUAUGGGCCUUACCUUUUACCACCAUAAUUAAAGGACUAUCUCAACAAUCUACCAUCUGUCAUUUACAUAAUAUAGCAAAGGAAUACUGAGCUAACCCUCCAGUGCGGCACCCCCCUCCCAACAAAUGAAAGUACCUGCACGGAAUGCACUCAUUAUCGCUGUGGGGGCUGCACGGUUUGGGCUAGGCAGGUAGUUCAAGUUCACGCUGCGAAAGGAGGGAAGCGGCGAAGUGGAAGUGAGGGUGCUGGUGCUUGUUUUGGUUCUGAGAGCGAGAAUGAGAGGGAGAGGGGUGGUGGGGAAAAGGAGAGUGCUGAGAGUAGUGGGAAUGAGGAGGUGUUGGAGCUAGAGGAGGAGGAGGGGGUUAGUUGUCGCUAG